CUUCGACUAUGUUAAAUACAAUGGUGUAGCGCAGGGUCGUACCGUCGGCGAUCAUGGGCACCACGGUGGUGUGCGCCUUAUUAUUCGGGGCGAUUUUUAGUGUUUUAUCAGCCUCUCUUAGUAAAACUUUGCGGUAUCAAGCGCCCGAUGAGUGUAAGUGGGUGGUUGUGGACAGCAACUCCGACGACGACGUUGCUCUAGUGUGCAGGUUGCGUACCAUAAAUAGUGAAUUAGAAAUAGACUUGAGUAUAAUUCAGCCCGAGCAUACCGUUCGGUUGAGGCUGGAGUGCAGUGACACGCUAUUUUUUCAAAGUUCUUUAAGUGCCGGAAGUUUUAAACCACUUGUUGAAUUGCGUGAGUUGUCUAUUGAAUAUUGCAAAAUUGGAAAUUUAUCCGAUGGAGCUUUCAGAGGACUUAAAGAACUCCGCAAUCUCACUGUUAGAACACACAAUACGGAUUGGUCAGCUAUGACUUUAGAAGUAUCCGCGAAUGCUUUUACGGAAGAACUUCGGAAUUUGGAACGAUUAGAUUUAGGUGAAAAUAAUAUGUGGAGUUUACCAGAAGGAGUUUUGUGUCCUCUAUAUGCUUUGGAAGUUCUUAAUUUAACUAGAAAUAGACUCAGGGAAGUUAAUAGUUUUCGUUUUACAUCUAAUCCGUCCGAAAAAUGUUGUGAGAAUUUAAAACUAUUAGAUUUAUCGAAAAAUAGUAUAGAUCGUUUGCCAGCGAGCGCUUUUUCUGGUCUUUCUCAUUUACAAAAAUUAUAUUUAAAUGGAAACGGUCUACAUAAUCUUGCAGAUCAUGCUUUAGAAGGACUUACUUCUCUAAAUAUACUUAAACUGUCAGAUAACCGUCUAGUCAGCCUUCCGCCGGAAUUAUUUGCGGAUACACGUGAAGUGCGUGAAAUGUAUUUACAAAAUAAUACCAUCAACGUUUUAGCACCAGGUUUGUUUAGUGAAUUAUUACAGAUGUUAGUUUUGGACUUGUCGCAUAACGAACUUACCGCUGAUUGGAUAAAUACAGCAACUUUUGCUGGAUUAGUGAGAUUAGUUGUACUAGAUAUAUCUUUUAACAGAAUAUCCAAAUUAGAACAAUCUGUGUUUAGAGAUCUUUAUAGUUUGCAAAUACUUAGAUUAAACGAUAAUUUUAUAGAAUAUAUACCUGAAAAUACAUUUUCCGCUUUAUCUAAUUUACAUACGUUAAUUAUAUCCAACAAUAAAUUGGUCAAAAUAGAUAGUGAAACAUUCAACGGACUAUACGCACUUUCUUUGUUAUCAAUAGAUAAUAAUAAGAUUUCUAUGAUACAUCCGGAAUCUUUAAGAAAUUGUACCAGUUUACAAGACUUGUAUUUGAAUGGAAAUAAAUUGAUCCAAGUACCAGAGGUUCUAAAAAACGUUCCUUUAUUAAAAACAUUGGAUUUAGGCGAAAAUCACAUUAAUUAUAUCACGAACGAAACAUUCAGCGAUUUAAAACAAAUGUACGGAUUAAGAUUAACAGAAAACGAUAUCGGGAAUAUUUCUAAAGGUAUUUUUGACAAAAUGACCGCACUAAAAAUCUUGAACCUGUCUCGAAAUAAAAUUCAAAGAGUUGCGCCCGGUUCUUUCGAUAAUAAUCUCAACUUGCAAGCUAUAAGAUUGGACGGUAAUUAUCUGACUGACAUAGGAGAAUUGUUUGCUAAAUUACCGAGUCUGGUGUGGCUGAAUAUAUCGGAUAAUCAAUUAAAGUGGUUUGAUUAUGCCCUAAUACCAACUGGUUUACAAUGGCUCGAUAUACAUUCUAAUCAAAUCGAAGAGCUUGGUAAUUACUUUGAAAUCGAAUCAAGUUUAUCUUUAAGUACUUUCGAUGCAAGUUCAAAUAAAUUACGAGAAAUCACCGGUAGUGCGAUUCCAAACAGCGUCGAAGUUUUGUUUUUAAACGACAAUUUAAUAUCGAAAGUACAAUCUUAUACGUUUUUUAAGAAACCUAAUUUAACUAGAGUUGAUUUAUUCGGCAACAAAAUAAGCAGUUUAGAUCCUAAUGCUUUAAGAAUAUCAGCAGUACCACCCAAGAAGAAUCUACCGGAAUUUUAUAUAGGAGGAAAUCCUUACCAAUGUGAUUGUACAAUGGAAUGGUUACAAAAAGUUAAUUCAAUGAAUAGAGCAAGAACACAACCUAAACUAGUAGAUUUGGAAAGUAUAUAUUGUCAAUUAUUAUACAACAGAGGUACAACUUACGUACCACUUGUUGAAGCGGCACCUUACCAAUUUCUUUGUACUUAUGACACUCAUUGUUUUGCUUUAUGUCACUGUUGUGAUUUCGACGCCUGUGAUUGUGAAAUGACUUGCCCUACAAAUUGUACUUGUUAUCACGAUCAAUCUUGGUCGGCUAACGUCGUCGAUUGCUCGUCUGGUGGAUAUAUAACUAAACUCCCGGAUCAAAUACCAAUGGAUGCUACUCAAUUGUACCUCGACGGAAACGACUUGCGGUCACUCAACAGUCACGCUUUCAUCGGAAGAAAAAGAUUGAAAAUUCUCUUUUUAAAUAAUUCGAAUAUCGAAACAAUACAUAAUCGUACAUUUAACGGUCUAAAGGAGCUCGAAGUUUUACAUUUAAAUGGAAAUAAAAUAAACGAAUUGUAUGGAUACGAAUUCGAUGGAUUAGAAAGUUUGAUAGAACUACAUCUUCAAUAUAACAGAAUAUCCGUAAUAAAUAAUCAAACUUUUUCCAGUUUACGCAAGAUUAAAGAAUUAAAAUUGGAUCAUAAUAGAUUAAUAGUUUAUAAUAUGUGGAAUUUACCUUCGACGUUAAUCGAAGUGACUCUAUCUUACAAUCCUUGGUCUUGCGAUUGUGAUUUCACGGAACGUUUUCGAGAAUGGAUGAUACGAGGCGAUGCAGUGAAAGAUAUAUCAUCGGUGAAGUGUAUUUUUAAUACGACAGACAUAGACUUUUACAAUUUAGAUGCAUACAAUACAGAUACCGGUUUCUUCGUAAAUCAAGAAAACGUUUCUUGUACGGGCGUCGCUAACAUAGAUAACAGCAUAAACGGAAACUUAACAGGUACGAAAACUAUAAUCCAACGUCAUGCUAUACAGGAUUAUCUACCGUUGUUAGUAAUUACUUUGACCGUAUUUGCCGUCGUCGUGUUGAUUGUGUUAAUUAUUUUCAUUUAUAGACAAGAAGUGCGCGUCUGGUUUCACUACAAAUUCGGUGUUCGACUAUUCCAACGAGAAGGAGAUUUAGAUAGAGACGAACGGGAGAAAUUGUUCGAUGCGUUCGUUAGUUACAGUUCCAAGGACGAAGCGUGGGUGGCGGAGGUACUAGCACCAGCUUUAGAACCCAAUUAUAAACUUUGUUUGCAUUAUAGAGACUUUCCCGUGGGUGCUUUUCUAGCUGAUACCAUAGUACAAGCGGUAGAAUCAUCUAAAAGAACUAUAAUGAUUCUGUCGGAGAAUUUUAUUAAAUCGGAAUGGUGUCGUUUCGAAUUUAAAUCUGCCCAUCAUCAAGUACUUCGCGACAGAAGGAGAAGAUUAAUAGUUAUUUUGUUGGGUGAAGUACCACACAAAGACUUAGAUCCUGAUAUAAGACUUUAUUUGAAAACCAAUGUUUAUCUUCAGUGGGGUGAUAAACUUUUUUGGGAAAAGUUGAGGUAUGCUUUACCGGACGUUCCUAAUAAUCAACGACGUCAUAGUUCGGUGAGAAAUCCUCAUGUGCAUCACCACGUUCACAGGCACAGUGCUAGGGGACAGGCACCUAAUCCUCCAGGAAAUGGUAACACGACGAGGACAGUGGCCAUCCACAUAUGACAAUGAUUGUCUUUAUAACAAUAUUGUAAGGUUAUGUUAAUUUUUUUUACUACUUAAAAGGGUGUCGAUAGAAAAAUUUCGUAAGUACAUAUAUCAGCUUCCUAAAAAAUAUGUGAUAUGUAUUUGAUUAUAAUAAUACUUUAUGAAAAAAAAUUCAGAUAUAAAACUGCUAAAACCGAUAAAUUUGGGUAGAUUUUCGUUUUGAUUUUUUAAAACGUCAUUUUCGUUCUCAUUUAAAUCACGUCAAUAUGAAGAUUACAAUUUAUAACAAAGAAUAUUUCUAAGACGUUUAU